GUUAAGCGAGCUCGUAAAUAAUGUCGUAAAACUUUCCUUUUCGACAUAAUUAAAUUUUCGUCUCCCGGUGAAUAAAACAAUGGACAUACCGAUGGCAAACGCCGCGCCAACGGCCACAACCCUGCAGGAUUUCCGAACCACUUGCCGGUUGUGCUUUCUCCGCGGCCAACAGUUGGAGGAUUCGCUCGCGGUUGACCAGCUAGCAAGCAAAAUUGAGCACUGUCUCGGAAUUACGAUUUCACAAGACGACUUCCCGGCGACGUUAGUUUGCUCACGAUGCGUUACUCUGCUGAACCACUUCCACCACUUCAAGCAGCUCUGCCUGGGCUACGAACGCACCUUCCGGGACAUCGUCCGGAAGCAGCGGGAGGUCGUUCCGCCGGCGUACCCACCAAUGGUGGUUAUCAAACCGGAACCGCCCGAUCACGCGCCCAUCGAAUUGGAACCGCUCGAGUUGAAGCAGGAAACGACUUUUGACGACGAAGCGCUUCCGUCAACAUCGAGCUACGUUCCUGCCUUGAAACCGGUUAAAAUUGAAAAUCUGCAGGAGAAUGGCGCGGUUGCGCGUCAAUCAGGGAAGCGUUCGCGGAACUUGAACGACGCGUCCGCGUCGGAGAUUCCCUCGGAACCGCUGCGGAUGGUUUACGACGGCCAUCGGUACACGCUGGUCGAGUUCUUCCCGGAUGGGACGUGCUUCUGGCGGUGCUGGGGCUACACCUGCAAGAAGUUGCUGCAUGUGAGUCCCGAGGGACGGAUUUACACGCGGAAGGACAGCGUCGAGCACUCGCAUCCGGCCUGCAUCGCGAGGGUUAGUGAGGUUGCGGUUGAGGGUCGGCGGGAGUUGUUUGCGGUUUUUGACGAUGUUCACGCUUGCACGAUGAUGGUGUUUAGGAACGCGCUGUGGGGGGUGGUUCCGGGGGAUGGGUGCUUCAUCGCGACCUGUCGGGAGAUUGUGGCAGCGGAAAGGAGGACGUGCGGGGCGAAGAUCCGGAUUCAGGUGGGGUACGCGAGCUUUGAGUUUGUAACGGCGAAGUGUGCAGGACACGGGAUGGAGUUGCAAUACUUGAUCCGGAGGACGGCGGAGCCGUUGGAGGGGGACGUGAUCGUGUGGGACGAGUUCCGGCGGAAGUAUCCGUUCUACCUGUCGGAUGGAAGCAUUUUGAACGAGAGCCGCUACUUGCACAUGUACGUCGGAGGAUUUCGCUACACGAAUCAGAGUUUGCUGUGGACUGGCGGGUCGUUACUGCGGUGCGCGCAGCAAAAGUGUCCGGCGAAGGGCCGGUUAAUGACCAGUGGACUGUUUGUGGCGCCGACCCAUCCACACGAGGUGGCGGAACAUCUGCAGGGGACAAUCUGGAGCGUGAAGCGCCAACAGCAGGACCGAUUCUUCGUUCACAUCACGCAGAAGAAGACGAUGGCUACGCUGCACUACAACACGUACAGCUAUGCCCUGCGGGACGAACGCCGGAACGUGUGGUGCUGCUACCCGGACAGCUGCAACGCGUCCUUACGAAUCGAGGGAGAUUUCGAACGGAUCGUGGAAGAGAUCGAGCAUACUCACGACGGAACGCUGACCGUGAUCCGGGACGAUGAAACUCCGGAAAGCGAAUUGGUCUUGUCACCGGCAAAAGGCAACCGGAAGCGACCUCGAGACGCGUCCGCGUCUACCGUGGAAGAAGUACGAGCUCCCUGCGAGCUCGACGCCUCAACAAGUUCCCCCAAACUUGCCACAAUCCUCCAACUCUUAGUCAAGAAAACGGCCAAACAGCUUGAAUACACAGCCCCAAGAACAAACCCUCUCCUGCACCACUUCAACGGCCACACGUACAACAAACUAACCAUCCAACCAAACGGCACCACCAAACUCGAGUGCAACAAGUUCCGCUGCCCCGGCCGAACCGUCCUCAACACCACCAACCAAACCGUGCUCUCCGCCACGGAACAUUCCCACCCGAAAACCUUCACCACCUACGGAACCAUCCAGGACGUGGCCACCGGCACCAAUCUCCUCUACAUCUUCAUCAACGGAACCCAAAAGAAGAACGUCACCUACUUCGUGUGCAACGGCUUCCGCUACAACUGCCUCGCCAAGGGCUCAGUUCGCGAAGCCAACUCCGAGUGGGUCUGCGCCAAGUGCACCGUCCGGAUCAUGCUCAGCGACGGCUUCUCAACGAUCGAGCAAAGCUCGACCCACAAUCACGAACCCACCGACCUGAUCAUCCCAUCCUCCUCCGAAGGAGAAGGAGAACCCCCCUCCGAAGCAACCCCAAGCUUCGACGAGGUGAUCUGGGGCGACCACCGGUACACCUCCGCAAUCCACAUGCGCCGCCAGAACCGCAUCAAGUGGCAGUGCUGCCAGCGGAAGGACUGCCGCGGCGCCAUCUUCCAGUGCACGGACGGAACGUUCGAGGUGGUAACGCCGCACGAUCACGAGGGUCCCGUGCAGUGCUUGGGGGAGGCGCGGUUCGAUCGGGACCAGAAGGUGGCGGAUCGGUACGCGAUCUUGAAGGCAGGCGAACGGCCCAAGUGUCGGACGUUGAUCUUUCGCAGUCAGAAGUAUCUCGAGGGCAGCGGGAAUGAGUGGGUUUGUGUGAGGAAGUUGUGCAGUGGGAAGCUGGUGGCGAGCGCGGACUUUGGGAUGUUACAAUUGGUGGAGGGGCACUGCCAUCAGCCGAUGAAUACCGCGAUUAGGUUCCACGACGAAAGUUAGAUUGUAAGUGGAGUAAGGAAUCCAGUGUUACCAUCUUCUUCUUCUUCUAUCUAUAUAUAUAAAAAAUUUCGACGGUUUUGUUCGAACGCGAAUCAGUUCAACACGGAGCGUCGGAUCGAGGUGCUUUUUGUUGCGUUGUGUUCGUAUAAGCCCAAGGAAGGUUCUUACGCUAACCAAUUGACACUUUGGCCACUCUGGAACCGAUUCCGGAGCAUCGGCAAACUGUAUGGAGAAAGUUACGUAAAGUCAUAUUUUGAUCACAGGAGGCUGAAUAAGCAAAAAUCAAAAAACGUCAACAAACGAAAAAAAAGGCAGAACGAAGUCUGUCGGGGUAAGCUUGUUAAGAGCGAGUUUUUCACCAAUGUGUAACAGGUCGUAUCGAGGUGCUCCGAUUUGAAUGAAACUUUCAGCGUUUGUUUGUCUAUACAUGAGAUGAACUCAUGCCAAAUAUGAGCCCUCUACGAUAAAGGGAAGUGGGGUAAAACGGGCUUUGAAGUUUGAGGUCCAAAAAACCUAAAAAAUCUUAAAAUUGCUCGCAUUUCCGUAAAACUUCAUCAAUUCCAACUCUCUUAGAUGCAUUCGAAAGGUCUUUUGAAGCACUUCAAAAUGUGCUAUAGACAUCCAGGAUUGGUUCGAAUUUUUCUCUUAGCUUUUGCAAAUUACUGUCAAAAAUGGAUUUUUUUAAAACCUUAAUAUCUUUUGGCAACAGCCUCCAACACCCAUACUCCCAUAAGUCAAAAGAUAGGUAAUUACAUGGACUAUAAGCCUACGGUGUUAACUUUUUGGCCAAUCGCAGUUUUUCUCAUAGUUUUUCGAUUUUUCUAGAACAAACAUUUUACAACGUUAGUUUUUGCCCUGUAGGCCGCCAUAGCAGCACUUUUUGGUCUCAAUUAUGUCAUAUUCGGAAUCCUCGGACAAUUUCACGUAAGUUAGAAGUAUUGGAGUUUUAAAUUUGAUUGGAAAAAUUGCCAUUUAGAAUGAAUUAAAAUAUUUUUUAACAAUUUGUUGGAUUAUGGGUAAAACAGGUUUUCGCCUACUUGAUACAGCAUUUGACGUAUUGAUCACAGGGUAAAUAAGAUCUAUUUCUUUUUUCAAAAAUGUUUUAUUUAAUUAUUUUUUAAAUCAAAAUUACAACUCCAAUACAUCUAACUUACGUGAAAUUGUCCGAGGAUUCCAAAUAUGACAAAAUUGAGACCAAAAAGUGCCGUCUUCUUGGCCUGCAGGGCAAACACUAACGUUGUAAAAUGUUUGUUCUAGAAAAAUCGAAUAACUAUGAGAAAAACUGCGAUUGGCCAAGAAGUUAACACCGUAGGCUUAUAGUCCAUGUAAUUACCUAUCUUUUGAUCUAUGGGAGUAUGGGUGUUGGAGGCUGUUGCAAAAAGAUAUUAAGGUUUUAAAAAAAUCAAUUUUUAACAGUAAUUCGCAAAAGCUAUGAGAAAAAGUCAAACCAAUCCAGGAUGUCUAUAGCUCAUUUUGAAGUGCUUCAAAAGACCUUUUGAAUGCAACUAAGAGAGUUGGAAUUGAUGAAGUUGUACGGAAAUGCGAGCAAUUUUAAGAUUUUUUUAGGUUUUUUCGACCUCAAACUUCAAAGCCCGUUUUACCCCACUUCCCUUUGUCGUAGAGGGCUCAUAUUUGGCAUGAGUUCAUCUCAUGUAUAGACAAACAAACGCUGAAAGUUUCAUCCAAAUCGGAGCACCUCGAUACGACCUCUAGAACAAACCGAGCAAUAUUUACAAAUACUGCC